GAAUGUGUUUUGUACGUUGAUGUGUGACCCAUUUGGCAACAAGGAAACGACAAGGAAAGGAAAAAAGCAGCGACCUUGGAGAGCGAAGAAGAAGCUGUGAAGAAGAGAAGGAAAGGCAAAGGGAGAAUGUGAGUGUGAAUUUGAAUGGGGAAUCAAAAGCAGAAGUGGACGCAGGACGAGGAAGACGCGCUCAUCGCCGGAGUUGAAAAGCACGGUCCCGGAAAGUGGAAAAACAUUCUCAAAGAUCCCCAAUUUGCCCCUUUUCUCACUUCCCGUUCCAACAUCGACCUCAAGGACAAAUGGCGGAAUUUGAGCGUCAGUAACGGUUCUCAAGGCUCCAAAGACAAGCCUAGGGUUCCCAAGCUCAAGGCUCUUCCUCCUCCUCCUUCUUCUACCACCUCCACCACCACCACCGCCACACCUCAAAACGCGGCUUCUGCUCCACAAAACGUACCGUCUGAUGUCACUGUCCCUGAUUCUUCUCUGAAUGACCAAGAUGUCAAAAACCCUCCGAGGUAUAAUGCAAUGGUUUUUGAAGCUCUAUCAGCACUAAAAGAUAAUAAUGGAUCUGACCUAAGUGCCAUUGUUAGUUUCAUCGAGCAAAAACAUCAGGUUCCUCAAAAUUUUAGAAGGGCAUUAAGUACAAGGUUGCGAAGGCUUGUUAGUCAAGGAAAACUUGAAAAGGUACAAAAUUUUUACAAAAUAAAAAAGGAUGUCCCCUCGGGAACAAAAUCACCUUCACCAAAACCAAAGGAUGUCCGGCCAGCACCGUCACAACCUGCACCACAACCACAAUGGCAGUCCUCGGUUUCUGUCUUUACAGCAUCUAAUGAGACAAUAAAGGAUGCUGCAGAUACUGCAGCCUACAGAAUUGCCGAUGCUGAAAGUAAGUCAUAUCUGGCUGCGGAAGCAGUAAAGGAGGCAGAGAAAAUAUCAUUGCUGGUUGAACAUAGUGAUUCGAUGUUGGAGCUAGCAAAAGACAUAUAUGAACAAUGUUCUCGAGGUGAAAUUAUCCUUUUGGCUUAAGAUGGUCAACGAAAGGUCUAUAAAUAGAUUCAUCCUGAUCUUGGUUUCUAAAUGUAAAAUUGUGUAUUCGAUGAGACAACUAUUUUAACAUUUUUUUUGGGCGUAUUUUAUCAUCACUCCAAAAGCAUGUUACAUAAAUUAAACAGCACUGUCUUCUGCGGA